CCGACUGUUCCAAGAUGGAAGCCGUAAACUUUACCUCCAUGGCUAACAAAAUCGAAUUUUUGUGUUCGAUGAUAAUACUCAUAAAUUCUUAACAAUAAUUAUUACACACGACAGUCUACAGUCUACACCGUACAGUGGCACGCACAAUGGAACAUAGGGCCGCGUCGUGAUUAUUGUACAAUCGUCGUCCGCAUUUUAACGGUAUUGCGCGCUGCAUUAAUAAUACCGUACGCCUGUUAUUAACAUUAUUAUUAUUGUUUACAUUAAGUAUCGACCGUUCGCGUUCACUGAUAACCGUCUGUCAUUCGGUCAACUCCCAUGAUCCGCCGGUGACGACGGGGACGUAUCUUCUGGCGGCGCCAAAGGAAUUCGACCACCUCAAUCCGGUGCUCGAUGAGAAAAGGGCACUUCGCACUGGCCGGCUGAUUGUUUAUAUCCUAUUUCCAUUCUGGCCAUUACGGAUUUACUACAUUACUACUGCAGUAGAACAUAUACUUAUGAUAAACAAGGGAAAUUAGCCAUUAUGGGUUUGCUUAGUUUUUAUCAAACAUGACCUAUUCUUCAUAUGAAUGGUAUACUUUUUUCAAGUAUAAAUAAAUAAAUGCCAUUAAUAUGAUAUUUAGUUUACUGCCUAUAAAAGAAUGUGUUUAAAGAACAAUGUAUCUAAGCAUAAAUUUAACUAUGUUGAUUUGCUGAAGAUGCCAAUAUCAUUUAAAUGGAUUGGAAAUUUACUACUGUUGGAAAUUUGGUGAUGCAGAGUUCUAAACUAUGUUUUGUGUUACUACUAUUGCUAAUAACAGCUUCACUAAAAUGCAGUUUAGCUAUGUCAGUUAUAGCAAAGUACCCUCAAAACGUGCUAACCGAAUGUUUUUCGGACCAUCUUCUCCAUAUGGCUAUAGACAAAAGUCCUGGAGGUCGUGUAUACAUUGGAGCCAAAAACAAAUUAAUCCAAUUAGAAGGCUCCAACUUAACUGCAGAGUCGUGUACUGACACAGGACCACUAGCAGAUAGUCCACUAUGUCCUGCUAGUGGUUGUCCAACUUCUCCUCCUGUAGAAACAUCACUCUCAGACAAUUAUAAUAAAAUUUUAAUUAUCGACUCAGAAUCUCGAACACUUAUUGCAUGUGGUUCUUUAUUUCAAGGAGCAUGCAAUAAGUAUAAAAUGUCAAAUGUGUCAUUACCAGCACAAUACAUUCCUAUGAGUAUCGCAGCCAAUAAUGAACAAGCAUCCACUUACGCAUUUAUUGGACCUGAACAUUAUAAUCAUUGGGGAAGAUCAAACGUGUUGUAUGUCGGAACAACUUUUACCAACAAUGGAGAAUAUCGACACGCAGUUCCAGCUAUAUCAAGUCGCAGCCUGUAUAAUUUGGAUUUAGCUGAAUAUUCAUUUUCAAAACAAUCUUCACUCAAUAUUAACGUCAACUACCGUGAUCAUUUUCUUGUAAAAUAUAUAUAUGGUUUUAAUUCUAGUGAUUAUGCAUACUUUGUAAUUGUUCAGAAACGGUCACACUUGCCUGGGCUUGAAGAACAGGGUUAUGUGACAAGAUUGGCCCGUGUUUGUAUAGAUGAUGCUAAUUAUGAUAGUUAUACAGAAGUCACAUUGCAAUGUAUGGUUAAGGAAUCAACAAGUAGUGAUGAUUUAGUGAAUUACAAUUUGGCACAAGAUUUGAAACUCAGUAACGCUGGAGAAGAUUUGGCGACAAGUCUAGGUAUCGAUACAGAAGACCACGUUUUGGUCGGAUCUUUUUCACCCAGCCUAGGGAUUACAAAUGAACCAAUGGCACAAUCUGCAAUAUGUGCAUUCAGUAUGCAGUAUAUAGAAUCAAAAUUUAAUGAAAAUAUACAUAUGUGUUUUAAUGGCAGUCUCAAGUACCGUAAUAUGCCCUAUGUAUCUGGUAUCAUAUUACAAGGAAACUGUCCGUCAGCUGGGUCUACUGGGAACAUAUUAAACUUUUGUGAAGUUGGUUUGAAAAUAUCUGGAACAGAACCAAUUAGCACACAAGCUGCUAUAAAUUUCCCUAAUCACCUUAUCACAUCUAUUACAUUGGCAACAACAGAAAGAAAUACAAUUGUAUUUUUAGGAUCAUCAAAUGGUAUCUUAAAAAAGGUUCUAUUAUCAUCAGCCACAAGUGCACUGAAGUAUGAAGAGAUGGUUUUGGACAAUGGAAAUGCUAUAUUACCUGAUACAUCCCUUACUACAAAUGGGGAACAUUUAUAUGUCAUAACAAAAUCAAGUGUAUUGAAGGUGAGAGUUGAGCAUUGUAAUAGUUUCACCAACUGUUCUACUUGUUUAGAGGCAAAUGAUCCAUACUGUGGUUGGUGUUCCCUCGAAAGAAGAUGUACCGUAAGAAGUACUUGCCAAAAAGCGAGUCAAAGUUCACCAAGAUGGUUGUCACUUGGAACCGGACAGCAAUGUAUAGAUUUCGAACAAGUUAAUCCAGACCGUAUUCCAAUCUAUCAAAUGUCAAAAGUACAACUUGUCAUACGAACAUUACCAGAGCUUCCAACAGGUGCUAAGUAUCGAUGUGUUUUUGGAAAGACUGAACCUUUAGAUGCAGUGGUUACACCAUCUGGUUUACAGUGUUCUACACCAUCCACUCAAUCGCGACCAAAAAUUACAAAAGGUCAGGACCAUGUGUAUGUGUCCUUGUCUGUAAGGUCUUCAGAAACAAACAAAGAUUUUGUCAGUCGAAAUUUUGCAUUCUACGACUGUGCCGCACACACUCGAUGUAUGGAAUGUGUGAAAUCUCAGUGGGCAUGUAAUUGGUGUGUUUAUGAAAAUAAAUGCUCAAACAAUGUUUCAUCAUGUCAACGUGUUAUCAUAAGUGGGGAAAACAAUCCUAAUCGCUUGAAGACUCAUGGUGCAAUGUUUUGUCCACGGUUCGUUCAACCAGUUCAAAAAAUCUUGCUGCCCAAUGGGGUUCCUAAAGAAAUAAUUCUUCAAGUUGAAAACUUACCAAACCCUCAAGUCGGUCAUACGGGUUUCCAGUGUAUAAUAAAUAUCGAAGGGGCAAAACUUAUGGUUCCUGCUAGAGUGGAGGAAAAAUAUAUUGUCUGUGAUAAAACUACCUAUUCUUACGAAGCCAACUCUGGAGAAUAUGAUGCUAUGGUCAGUAUGGUGUGGAACAGAAAUCAUCACGUUGACACCAUUAAUGUUACAUUAUACAAAUGUGACAUACUCGGAUCUCACAGAGAGCACCCAGACUGUUCGCUAUGUGUUACUCGCAAUCGUAAAUACCAUUGUACUUGGUGUUCAAGUACUUGUGUGUAUGAGGAAACCUGUUUAGAGUCUGCAAGCAAUGAGUGUCCUAAACCUAGAAUUGACAUGAUUAAACCGCUCAGUGGGCCAGUCGAAGGAGGCACAUUAGUUACAAUUGAAGGCAGUAAUUUGGGUUUGAACAGAGAAGAUGUAUGGGGUAAAAUUCAUAUUGGUGGCAUAGCAUGUCAUCUAGUAGACUACGAAGUAUCUGUUAAGAUAGUUUGUAAAACUGGACCUUCAAAUAUGGAAAAAGUUGCUUCCAUAGUCGUUGGGAAUAAUGCUGGUGCGACAGUAUCAUCCGUGCACUAUAGUUAUAAGAGUGUGAAGCUCGAGAAAGUUGCUCCUGUCGUAGGACCUCAGAGUGGAGGUACUGUUUUAGCAAUCAGAGGUCAUAAUUUGAAUAUUGGUAGCUCCAUAACUGCUUACUUGGAUAAUUUCCCUUGUCUGGUGAAUAGCACUCACGCUUCAAGUACGAGGCUCACUUGUGUGACUUCGUCAGCUGACCGGCCUAAAACCAUAACGACAAUGCACUUGAUUAUUGAUGGGUCCAACAGAACAUUAGCAAAACCUUUUACUUAUCGAAGUGAUCCAACUGUAGCAGAAAUAAAACCAUUAAUUAGUUUUUUGUCUGGUGGAAGAAUGAUAACUGUCCAUGGAACAAACUUUGACAUUAUUCAAAAACCAGAAAUGGUUAUUUACAUGGAUUCUGAAUUCAUUCAUCCAGUGAAUAAAACAGAAUGUGUCGUGUUAAAUUCUGUACAAAUGGAAUGCCCUUCACCAUCGGCUAAUGGGCAAUUUCUAAAAAGUUUGACGAGUUCUAAAAAAAGGAGACACGCGACUAAUGGAAAACAUGUUGAAUCAUUUUUGACUUUGAAAAUUGGUUUUAUCAUGGAUAAUGUUGCGGCUGUAAAAGAUUUAGAAAAACAUUUUAAAACUUUGCACUCUCAAAUAGUGUAUGUACAAGAUCCAAAAUUUUUAGAGUUUCCAAAUACAAUUAAAUUGUAUAAAGGAGAUACUUUAGUUAUUGAAGGGGAAAAUUUAAAUUUGGCUUGUGACGAAUCUGAUGUGAAUGUAACUAUUGGAGUAGAAGUGUGCAAUGUUACUUCUUUAGCCAACACACAACUGGUUUGCAUUCCACCUCAAUCUCAGCCACAGUCUACAGAUGAUUUUGGUUUACCAACAAAAACUGGAUUACCUUUAGUAGUGGUCCGUGUUGGUAAAAAAUUAAGAUUCAAUGUUGGAUAUCUUGAGUAUGAUGUGAUGUCAGCCUACUCGUUUUCACCAGAGGCCAUCGCUAGUGCUGUAACUGGUGCCUUGUGCAUUAUUAUAAUUUUUUUCAUAAUAUUGUUUUUGUACCGAAGAAAAUCUACUCAAGCUGAAAGAGAAUACAAACGGAUUCAAAUACAAAUGGAUACAUUAGAAAGCAACGUACGGUCAGAAUGUAAACAAGCUUUUGCUGAAUUACAAACCGACAUGACUGAUCUGACAGCCGAUUUAGAAUCUUCAGGUAUACCCACUUUAGAUCAUCAUGAGUACAUUUUGAAAGUAUUUUUCCCAGGGGUUCGAGAUCAUCCCAUUCUUAAUGAUUCAAAGGUUGUUAUUGCUGGUUCGACAACCAACUAUGAUGCAGCCAUGAUGCAAUUUGAACAACUUAUUAUUAAUAAGCAAUUUGUAUUAUCAUUUAUCGAUACUCUCGAAUCACAAAAGACUUUUAGCAUCCGUGAUAAAGUUAAUGUAGCAUCUCUCUUGAUGGUUGUACUAAUGAAUAAAAUGGAAUAUGCCACCGAUGUUUUACGGUGUUUGCUACUUCGAUUGAUAGACAAGUCUGUUAUGUCAAAACAUCCCCAUUUAAUGCUCAGGAGGACGGAGUCGGUUGUGGAGAAAAUGUUAACCAAUUGGAUGGCUCUUAAUAUGUACAAAUACCUAAAAGAAUAUGCUGGUUCUUCUCUUUUUUUACUCUAUAAAGCUAUUAAACACCAAGUAGAGAAAGGACCGGUUGAUGCAAUAACAUAUGAUGCCAGAUAUAGUCUUUCAGAAGAGCGAUUACUUAGAGAACAAAUAGAUCAUCGAGUAGUUAAUUUAUAUGUAAUGCAAGAUGAAGUAGAUGAUAAAGUGCAAUGUAAAGUUUUGGACUGUGAUAGUAUUAGUCAAGUUAAAUCAAAAAUUCUAGAUGCAGCUUAUAAGAACACUGCAUUCUCUCUAAGGCCGUCUGUAUACGAUGUAGAUCUUGAAUGGCGUCAUGGACGAGGGGGUCAUCUUACUCUUCAAGAUUAUGAUGUUACAACUAAAACUGUAUGUGGCUGGAAAAAAUUAAAUACACUUGCACAUUAUGGUGUAAAAGAGACAGCCGUGAUGUCUCUAAUUCCUCGUCAACAUGACACAUACAAUAAGACUUGCCUACAGCCGUGCCACAGUUGUACAUCAGCAUAUUAUUCUGGUGCCAUUAUAUCAACAAGCAAUGGGGGAAUUGAUUCGGGCGCUAGUUCUAAUGGCACUAUAUACCAUUUGGUCAGACCAACAGAUGGCCAGCAGCAUUACCAUACAAAUAAAAUGCUUGAAAGAACUCAUAAAGCAAUUCCAGAAAUUUAUUUGACCCGACUGUUAUCAACAAAAGGAAUUAUUCAGAAAUUUGUUGAUGACUUUUUUGCUACAAUUUUGGCAGCUGAUGAAACAUUGCCGCCGGCCGUCAAAUGGUUGUUUGAUUUGUUUGAUGAGGCAGCGAAAAAAUAUAACAUUUCUGACCCAGAAGUUGUACAUUCCUGGAAGUCCAAUAGUCUUCCAUUAAGAUUUUGGGUGAACUUUAUCAAAAACCCGGACUUCAUUUUUGAUAUUGAUAAAACUCCAACAGUAGAUUCAUGUUUGUCAGUCAUUGCUCAAACAUUUAUGGAUUCAUGUUCUACCUCCGACCAUAGACUAGGUAAAGAUUCACCAUCGAACAAAUUGCUCUUCGCCAAAGACAUACCUCAAUAUAGAGAGACUGUUUUAAAGUUCUAUAAUGAUAUUCAGAAACUACCUCAAAUAACUGACCAAGAGCUGAGCACGACUAUGCAACAAUUGUCAGUUACUCACUUUGGACAGUUCCAUAUUGUAUCGGCUUUGAAAGAAUUGUAUAUUUAUGCUUCAAAGUAUCAUGAUGCUAUACUAGAUUCACUAGACUUAGAUCCAUAUUGUAAGAAAUUGAAUCUUAGUCACAAAUUUAAUAAUGUGUCCGUUACACUUGAAGGCGAAGAAGCAACUAUAUGCUGACAGUAGACUGAUCAUUUUACUUACGAUUCUAUCCUGUGAUAAAGAUGUUUUGAAAUGUACAUUUUAGUAUAGUAAUUAUUAUUAAAGUUAAACCUUAUAAAUAUAAGCCAAAAAAAAAAACAACAAAAUUAUAGCCAUAAUAGAUAUUUUAUGCCAUUUAAUAGACAAUGGCGAACCAAUGUUGAUCGGUUCUUCUGAGAACUAUACGGCUUAAUAUAAGAUAGUUUUAUUAAUAUUUGUAGCUAUUAGUAGAGUAAUUAUUAUUAUUGUUGUUGGUCUGAUUAAAAACGAUUUCAAUUUGCUGUAACCAUAAGAUUGUCACAUGAUAAACUAUUGUACGUUAUAUAUAAUUCAGGGAAACUUAAUUAUUUUACUUUCCAGUAUUUUAAUUCUCUCUUAGACUUUUUGUAAUUUUAAGUAAGUUAUACCAUUAAUUUUAAUUGAGGCCAUUUUUAGACUGCUUAUUUAUCUAAAGUAAUACAAAAAGAAAAAAAAACUAUUAAUUUUAUUUGCAGAUUUUUCAGCAUCAUUAUUAUUAUUUUUUGUUAUUUAUUUCUGUGUAAUUAUUAUCGUUUGACGAAUUUUUUUUAAAAUUUAAUUUGACUGUAUAGAUUAUAAAAAUUUCUUUCCAACUAAAUCUGAAAUUUAAACUGUAAUGACUAUCUUGGAAUUCAACGGUUUCAUUAAAAUUUUAAGUGCUGUCUAUCUUUGCUCUCCUAGAUUUUGAAAAUCGAUAUAGAAUAAAAAAAGGACAAAUGUAUACUGUGUUCUUCAGAUUUUCUUUCUAUUAUAGUAAUUUUGUUAUCACAAUGUCGAAAUAAUUUUUCGGCCGUUAUGCUAAAAUUAUAUUCAAUAGUAUAAGAUAAACAAAUAAGUUUCCAUAUUAUGUAUGCAUAUUUAUAAGAUAUUUAUAUUUAUAUAAUAUUAAUGUUCCGAUUCCGUCCUGUGAAUAACGUGCUUGUGGGAACAUAGUGCAAAACUGUAGUGAUUAAAUUUAAAAUUAAAUGUAACAAUAAUAUACUGUUGAUUUCAUCACAACGGUGGUUUCCUCUUAAUUUUCUCUGUUUUGAGUCAUGCAAUAAGAUCAAAAUUCGUUUUUAGCUACUGCUAACACGCAUUGCGUGUAAUUUGUUUUGUAUAACGUGCUCUGUUUUUGUAUUUUAGUCUGCAUAACUUGCUUUGCAUAAUCAUUGGAAAAUAAACUUUGUUACUAUCUGAAUAUUCUCGCCUUUGUGUGAAUAACAUGCCUCGUGAUUAACAACCCAUUUUUAAUUGUAAUAUAGUCGUAUGUAGUAUAUAUAAGUAAAAUCACUGUAUUUUAUUCUUAAGCUCUCUCUCUCUCAUAAUAUUAUAAUCUGUCUUGUAAUACUUACACACACUGUUGACAAUGUAUUUAUAAUUUUCUACACAGUUUUGUCAGUUGACUGAAAAUUGAUAGCAGUCACACCAAAUUUGUACAGCGUACAAAUAAAAGUUUCAAACAUCAAAUCUAAACCAAAAAUUAAAUUAACAUUUUUUUUUUUUUUACAGAAUUUGUUUAAUCUUGAUAUUUUUUUAAAAAUGUAAUCGAAUGAAUAACUUUUUGACGCUGUGUACAACACACUCAUCAACUUUGAUUUCAGUUGUAUACAUACAUUUUAGAUCUCACUAACUCUAUAAUAGCUGUUCAACAGUACUACGUAUUUGUCUACAGUAACUGUAUUGUAUAAUUUAGGGCAUGUGCUCGUUAAAUUAUAAUAUCGCAGGCAUUUUAAAUCAAAACGAUCUACUCGUUCAUUAGUGUAAAGUGUAUAAUUUCUAUUUUGUAAGGUUUUUAAUUAUUGUAAAUGUUGAAUUAACAUUUGGAGAACUUUUUAUAUAAAAUAUAUUAUAUAUAAAUUUAAAA